UAUGACACAUAUAUUAAUGAAAAUUAAAUUUUCAACAAGAUUAGAUAUGCCAGGAUAUUCAGAAGUACAUAGAUUAAAUAUAACAAUAACAUUACCUGAAUUAUAUAUAGAAGCAAUUGCUUUUACUGGUGAUAAUCCAAUUAAAUUUAAAUUAAAUAUUAAAACGUAUAAAUUUAUGAAUUAAUAUUAUUCAAAAUGGCACUAAACAGAAAUGGGAACUAUUGUUUUAGAAAUUUUGAAAUCACCAUCACCUUAUGUUUGGAAAAACAUUCAUUCUGAUGAAAACUAUAAUCCACCUAAUCAAUAUAUUUGGUGGUCCGCUUAUUAUUAAUAUAGAAAUCAAAUGGAAGCAGGAUUUUAACUAUUAGAUGAUUCUGAAAGAAGAAAAGAAGAUUAAUAUGAUUUAGAAUAUAAUAAAUAAGAAAAAUUAAUAGAAGAUAAAAAAAUUUUAAAAAUAAAAAUAUAAGAAUAAACGAAUUAGAUAGAAGAUUAAUAUAGAAAUUUAAUGUAUUGUACAUAAUAUAUAUACAAAGAAGGAAAUUUUAUUGGUGAUCCUUUUGAUUGGAUAUCAUGGGAAAUAUGA